UCAGCUAACUGCGUCCGUCUCUAUGGGUUAGUUCCCAAUCUCUCUUCAAACUGUCGUACAAAAAAAAAAAAAAAAACAACCAGAGAAUAGAAGGAGAAGCGGAGUAUCCAACCAUAAAAUCAACCCAUGCGGCCGAGGCUGGUAGUAUGUAACAGAAAUCAGUGCCGACGACAAUGGUGGAGAGAGUGAAGACGUCAGAAAACCCUUCGUUCGCCGCGACGAACGAAAACCGUAUAAUCUGUCGCGUAUGCCAAAAGCAAUUUUCACAGUAUACUUGCCCAAGAUGCAACUGUAGAUAUUGUUCCCUUCAAUGCUACAAGAGGCAUAGUCUUCGCUGCACAGAAUCUUUCACAAGAGAAAAUGUUGUAGAAGAGCUGCGUCAGAUGCAACCUGAAGAUGAAACAAAACGUAAAAUGCUAGACAUUCUCAAACGAUUCCACUCAGAAGAAGACAUGGAUUGCAUUGAUGAAGAUGAUAUCAUGCUGUCAGAGGAGACUAUUCAAAAAGUUUUAUCUGGAAAUCAAGUCAAUUUGGAGGACCUGUCUCCAGAGGAAAUGAAGCAGUUCCAAAGAGCAGUGGCAUCUGGGGAGCUAAGCAAACUGAUAGAGCCAUGGAAUCCGUGGUGGUUGAUGCCUUCUGCAAGAACAAUCUCUCUCAGUCAAGAAGGAACUCAGCUCGUGCGAUCAGCUGACAACGAGCAACAAAUGGACAUCUCACAACAAGUUAGCACAGAAGGGCAUCUGAGUGAAAUCCCACCUGGGCCCACAACUCCAUUGUCACGUGUCAGCGAGUUGAUUCGGUCAGAACCGUCACCACUUUUAACUGUCCACUUGGUUGAUGUUCUAUUCAGCUACUGCUUUACCCUCCGUCUCUAUAAUGGAGAUUGGCAAUCUGACCCCUUAGGUGCAGCAAUGGUCGCGCUCGACAUUUCAUCUGUCUUGGGUCAAGAUGGCAAGCCGGAAACUGUGGCGGAGGCUCUGGCCUGCUGCAUGGAGCGCACAUGCUCUCCGACUUACAGACAUGCAGGAGGGUUGCAGUUUGGAUGGGGCCUGAUUGACGAUGUCAUAACCCUGCUUUCUCUAGGUGGAGCUGCUUUAAUUUGUGCAUUAUGUGAAUUACAGAGGCUGUUACAAGCUGGAGAGAGAGAGCUCAAGUCCGAGAGGAGGAAGGCGAAGAAGGGUGAAAUGAGUAAGCUUAGGCUCGCUGAUCGGAAAGUGUACUUUCUGAUGUGUUGGGUUCAUGAGCAACCAGCAGAAGAAUGGUCAUCACUGUCUGCAAUUGUAGGAGCGGAAAGGGCUUCUGUUGCAGUGUUGGAGCCUGUGAAAAUUGUGGGAAAGGAAGAAUGUAAAGGCAAGGGUCUAAUUGAGGAGAUUGAGUGAGUCUUUGUAAAUUAUACACACGCACUUUGGCAGUGUUUCUCAUUUCCGCCUGGAAGAUGCUAAUCAUACGCACGCAUGUACUCUGAUCAGUUCAUGUAAGCCAGGUACUUUGAUCAACUGCCUAUGUGAUAGAUCAAAGCAUUUGUUGCCCCUUUUUCUCACGCCCAUUAGAUUAGCAGGGCUCUUGUUAGCCAUAAGCAAAACCAAACUGUACAAUUUAUCUUUUGUGUACUGUAUAUUCUUAUUAACGUUAGUUAGGAGAGAUCCUGUAUUGUUUGGCGA